AUCCGUGAACUUGGCCUGGUCCGGUCGCCCUGGCCCCGAGGCCUCAGCAGAGGCGCCGCCUGCAGCCUAUAAUAGCUGCGCCGGCGUCUCCCGCCGCCUCCAGAGAGCCCCGUCACUCCGACAGACAUGUUCCGUGCCUUGUGCCUCCUUACCGCGGUCGCCGCGGUGCGUGCCUGCAAGCCCUGCACAUGCGGGGUGGCGCGCGGCGCUCGUGUGGUGGGAGGCGGAGCGGUGUCUCCAGGCGAGCUGCCGUGGCUGGCAGCGCUCAAGAGGGACGGCAAGGUCAUCUGCGGCGCUACCGUCGUCGCCAGAGAUCAUCUCAUCACCGCCACACAUUGCAUCUUUGAAGUGGAGGCGUCUCGUCUAUCAGUGCUGGUUGGAGAAUACGACGUGAACAACUCCCAGCAAGACGGCAUUCCCGUGGCGCACGUCACACAGCACCCGGACUUCAACAGAUUCACUUAUGACAACGAUAUCGCUGUGCUCCGACUGGCUGAACCCAUACCUGAACAUCUGUAUAGAUCAGCGUGCUUGCCUGAUUUUGAAGAUGACAACCGACUGGAGGGUGUGGAAGCCAUAGUGUCCGGCUGGGGCAGCACUAUUGAAAAGGGUCCACCUUCCAGCAUUCCUAUGAAAGCAGAGGUGAAUAUUUGGGCUCAAGAGGAGUGCUCGGGCGCGGGUUACGGCCGGCGCAAGGUGACACCGCGCAUGCUGUGCGCCAACGCGCCCGAAAGGGACUCCUGCACCGGGGACUCCGGUGGGCCCCUGCUACUCACAAGACCUCAUUACACUAUUGUUGGUAUAGUGUCAUGGGGGCGCGGUUGCGCACGGCAAGGUUACCCGGGCGUAUACGCUCGUGUCGCAAAGUUCCUGCCCUGGCUGAAGUUGGCGCUACGUCACGCCUGCAUGUGUCACCCCCCUAAAUACUGACAGAGGCUCAAGAGGCUAGAUAGAGUAAACUCUUUGGAGGCUAGAAAGAGAGGAUGACUAAAUC